GGAGAAACACUUGGGGUGUAAUUACUGAAAUGAAAUCUGCGGGAGUUUGGGCCUUUGGGUUUGGGGUUGUAAUCAAAUCCAAUAAUCCAUCCGAGCGAGCCUAGUGAGGAGAGGAGACACGGGAGCAAAUCUUGGAUAGAAGGAAACGGAUUCGCUGUUUCUCUCUCGAAAUGGACUCUCUCGCUCUCCUAGAAACGCUGAAAGCACCCUACUCUUUAUAUCUCUACAAGGUCUCUCUUUUUUCAAUAAAUAAGCCAAUAACCCCUUCUUUCCUGUCCUUUCCGCCUGAAAAAGAGCAGUCUUGUAUUCCAGUUUUGCCGUUUCCUUGACAAACUACGCGGUUUCCCGAGCGGUUUAUUGGCCGCUUGAAGCGGUUUUCCGGCGAUAUUCCAUGGAGGAAGGGGACGAAGCUUUGCCCGACUACCUCCGCUGUACCAGAAGCGAUGGUCGGCAAUGGAGGUGUGUUAGGCGAGUCAUGGACAACAAGAAGCUGUGUGAACGCCACUAUCUCCAAGCCCGUCGUCGGCAGUUCAAGCGGCAUUCUGUAAAGAAGGGCAAGGAAUUGCCAGAUUAUCUCAGUUGCACUAGGAGCGAAGGUAAGAAGGAAUCGAGGUGUGCCAGACGAGUCUUUGAGGACAAGAAAUUGUGCGAACUUAAAUGCUUCCAAGCCCGUCGUCGGAAGUUCAUUAGGAAACGAUCGAUGAAGGAAGGCGAACAAUUGCCAGACUAUCUCCGUUGUACCAGGAGCGAUGGUAAGGACUGGAGGUGUUUCAGACGAGUCAUGGAGAACAAGAAAUUGUGCGAGUUUCACUAUCUUCAAGCCCGUCGUCGGCAGUUCAUCAGGCAACAGUCGAUGAAGGAAGACGAGGAAUUACCAGAUUAUCUACGUUGUACAAGGAGCGAUGGUAAGGAAUGGAGGUGUGAGAGGCGAGUUAUGGAGAACAAGAAAUUCUGUGAGCUUCACUAUCUCCAAGCCCGUCGUCGGCAGUUCAAGCAGAAGGUUCCAGACUCCUUGAAGCUCAAGAGGAAACCCUGGCGCAAGAGAAAAGGUGCAGUUUUUGUAACCAGAAAGAAAGAGUUCGAUUUUGGGAAUAUUGAGCUCCGAAAGAAAAGGGCAGAGAAAUUGGCGAAGCUGUUGACGAAAAAGCGGGCAGGUGGAGUGUCAGAGGCAUUGAAUAAAGGUUUCAAGAAGAUUAAGUUGCAAAACGGUGACUUGCAGUUGGAAUUGAUAAGAAUUUUCUUGCAGAGGCAAAUGGAGAGAAAGAAGCGUAGUUUGGAAAACAAUGGCGAGUGGGAGUUAAUGAGGGACUUGCCUAAUGGUGUAAUGGCAAUUUCCCCUGCACCAGUCAGGGAUUUUGGCAAUGCAGUGUUAUCGUUUGAAGGGAAAUUGGGGGUUGAUUCUAGUUCUUUUAUGCAAAGGUGCUUCCGGUCAAAGAACAUUGAGCCACUUCCAAUUGGGGCUUUGCAGAUUGUUCCCUAUGGGCGAAAUGUGGUGAAUUUGAGGAAAGGUGGGAAGGAUUGUCAUCGGUGCGGAAGAAGUAAUGCUGGCAGCUAUAUUCAGUGCUCGAAUUGCCGUAAAGAAUCUUUUUGCAUGGAGUGCAUUAGGGAGUGGUACUCUGAGAUGCCAGAGAAAGAAGUUAAGAUGGCUUGCCCAGUUUGCCGCAGCACCUGCAACUGCAAGAUAUGCUUGGAUAAUAAAUUAAAGGAUGGUGGACCUGAGGAUUUUGUGAAAGGUCAAAAUAAAGUUGACAAAAUCCUACAUUUCCAUUAUUUAAUCUGUCUACUUCUUCCAGUACUGAAACAAAUCAAUGUUGAACAGAGAAUUGAACUGGAAAUAGAGGCCAAGCUAAAAGGAAAAAUGGCUUCUGAAAUCCAGAUUCAGCAGGCAAAAUGUGGCUAUGAUGAACAACUUUGCUGUGAUAAUUGCAGAACUUCCAUUGUAGAUUUUCAUAGAAGUUGCUCGAAUUGUUUAUAUGACCUUUGCCUAAGUUGUUGUCAAGAGAUCCGCCAAGGCAACCUACCUGGAGGCACUGGAAUGGUUAUGCUUGCAUGCUCUAGUAAAAAGAAAAAUUAUGCUUCUUCUGUCAAGCAUCUCCCAGGAAUGAGGCAGAUAGGCUCUUCCCGAAAAAGUAAAGUUGGUGAACUGGCAGCUCCUUCUCUACUAUUACCAGACUGGAAAUGUAAUGGUGAUGGCAGUAUUUCUUGCCCGCCUAAAGAGCUUGGUGGUUGUGGUGAUGGACUCCUAGAGUUGAGAAGUGUUUUCCCACGAACCUGGACUGAAGAACUGGAAUUAAGUGCUGAGGAAAUAGCAUGUAGUUAUGAUUUUCCAGAUACUUUAGAUAUUUCUUCCCAUUGUUCUUUAUGUACUGGCACACAUGAUAAAGUUGAGGUAAUUGGUGAGAAGUUGCAAAAAGCAGCUAGCAGGGAAGGUUCUUAUGAUAACUACUUGUACUGUCCAACUGUACAGGACAUUCAACAUGAAAACCUUGAACAUUUUCAGAAGCAUCUUGCUCAAGGCCAACCAGUAAUAGUUCGUAACGUGCUUCAGAAUACACCAAGUUUGAGCUGGGAUCCAGCGGUGAUGUUCCAGACUUUUCUUGAAAAGAGUGGUACCAAAUCUGGGAAUGAUGUGAAGGCAUUGAAGGCUACAGAUUGCUUGGAUUGGUGUGAGGUAGAAAUUGGGAUCCAGCAGUUCUUUAAAGGAUAUUUGGAGGGACGUACACAUGCUAAUUUGUGGCCUGAGAUGCUAAAAUUGAAGGAUUGGCCUUCUCCCAAGUUGUUUCAAGAACAGUUCCCUGCUCAUAAUGCUGAAUUUAUCCAUGCUCUACCAUUUCAGGAAUAUACAAAUCCUGACACUGGUCUUCUGAACCUUGCUGUCAAGCUACCAAAGGAAUUCUCAAAACCAGAUGUAGGUCCACGUGUAUAUAUUUCAUAUGGGAUAGCUGAGGAGCUUGGUCGUGGUGAUUCUGUAACUAAGCUAUAUUGUGAUUCAUCUGAUGUGGUGAAUGUUCUUACACAUACUUCAGAGGUGCCACUUUCCAUAGACCAACUUGCUAAGAUAAAGAAACUGAAGAACAAGCACAAAGCUCAAGACAGAAGGGAGUCUCUCAAGACUGCUAUAGAUAAAAAAAUGGUAAAUGAAUUAAAGCAGAAGACAUCUUUAUCAAACAAGGAAAAACUAGGAACUAGUGAGUCAAUGGAUGCUACAAGAGGAUGGAAAAAGUCAUCCAAAGAAGCUGCUAGAGUCUCUACUUCCCCUCCUGACCUGAAAGUACCUGAAGAAUGUUAUACCAGUGUCAAAGAUGAAAAGUUGCUAGAUGCUGGGGAGUAUGACUCUGAUUCUAAAGCCACAAACGGUUAUUGUUGUACAGCCCAUUGCUCCAAAACAUCUGAAGUUGGAGAUACACUGUGUCAGAAGAAGAAUGAGGAAGAACCCAUAGUACCUAGUUCAUGUGGUGCCCAAUGGGAUGUUUUUCGUAGAGAAGAUGCUCCAAAGUUGCAAGAAUACCUUAGAAGACACUUCGCUGAGUUCAGGCACACAUAUUGCUCUCCAGUUGAACAUGUUGCUCAUCCAAUUCUUGAUCAGAUUUUCUUUCUUGAUACAAAACACAAGCUAAGGCUUAAGGAGGAGUUUAAAAUUGAACCGUGGACUUUCAAUCAACACCUUGGAGAAGCUGUUAUUGUUCCUGCUGGGUGUCCAUAUCAAAUUAGAAAUCUUAAGUCUUGUAUAAAUGUGGCAUUGGACUUUGUGUCACCAGAAAACGUCCAUGAGUGCAUCCAAGUAAUUGACGAACUUCGACUGCUUCCUAAAAACCAUAAAGCUAAGGAAGACAAGCUAGAGGUGAAGAGAAUGAGUCUUUAUGGUAUUAAUGAAGCAAUUAAGGAGAUCCGUGAGCUGACAUCAAGUGCAACGUGCAGUUCCAAGCUCGAAGAAGCAUGAAGUAUGAAUCUUUGGAUGUAAGUGUAACUCAUUGGUAUUUACUUCAUUUCACUUGAAAUAUUCUUAUGACUCGGAGUUUUCAGUUUUGCUCCUAUUGCAUGUUUCACAUGCAAAAAAUUUUGCUUCAGUUUGUGAAUAAUGUAGCUUCCACUUUUUCAUCAACUCCUUUUCUUUAUACUUGUUUUGCUUUCUUUUUUUUGGCAUUGAUAAAGACAAUGAAAAGCCAAUAACCCUGUGCAGCAUAGGUAGGUUUAGGUCAGUAUUACUUGUCAUUUUCUGUAUAUAUAUCCGUUCUGUAAUUAUCAGCUUGUUGGCUGACAUGGAAUAACACAAUCAAAUAUCUAUAAUUGAAUCUUCUCAUCUGUAAAUCAUUGGAAUGCCAUGGAA